AUCAUCUGUGUCCCCUAGUUUGCCCUGUUAAUUUCAGAGCAUUGAGUUGACUACUGUUUUUGCUUCCUUUAUCAUUUGCAGAACUGUGCAGAGUUUAGACAGUGAAGUGUCUUAGCAGGAGGCCCUGUGUUAGGAUGAGAAGUAAGCAGCAGCCCCGGAGAGAUGGGCUCCUUUGUGCUGGAUACAGUGUUCUCUCUGUGUGUGCCCGUGGACUUUACCAAGAAGCUAUGAUAAUGCCUUUCCUUCAGAGGCCUGAAUUUACAUUGCUAGUUUAGCAGGGUUUUUUUCCUCCCCACCUAGGUCCUAUACCGGUAAUUUGAGUCAACAGCCACUGAGAGGGACGGUGAAACUUGGAUUCCACCCAUAGUUUUGAAGAGCUAGGUCCUCCUCAUCAAAAAGAAUGCAGUUCACCAUGCCAAUCCUGGUGUGGUGCUGGGAAGUCUGCACCCUGAUUCCUGGGCAGAGAGAGUCCCUUUUUUAUGGGUGGCAAUAAAAUUUCCUUGUAAUUUGGUAUGUGUCCUUCUGCCACCUACACGAAAAGCAAGAGAUAUAAAUCUCAGUCCCUGGCAAAUUCUCUCCUAAAAUAUUCAAAGACAUUUGCAAAAGAAGGAAGAAAAUGGGCCCAAGUGCAAAAACAAGAGUAUCAAUCCUUUUGUUUUCUAUCUGCAACUAGCUACUUUCUGCUCUCUCCCUUCCUAACUAGGGCUGACGAGAGUGUUUGGAGAGCAUAACAAAUUAAUUUUGCAAAGGUCAGAAGGAAUAAUUCUCUCCCCCCGCCCCCCCCUGUAAUUUGCAUGUGUUCACCUUGGGGGAGCAGGCACUGACAUAAAAGGCGCACCAUCUGAUGGUCUUAUCAAAUCAAUCCGUCUUCUCUCUCUUCCAGAGGCGCGCUGCACGCAGCAGGAGGGGUAGCUGGGCAGCGCAAGCCUGGAAUCCCCUGAGCAAGCAGUGUUUCAGCUGGCUGGACAGAUCAAAUAACACUUGGGCUGGUUCACAAAAGACGCAAGUGGGAAGGUGUUGGAAGCUGGAACGUGGAAAUUUACCCAGCGUUAUUUCUUUGACAGGGAAGGAGACUUUUGGUCUGCAAGAUGCCACGUUCCUUCGUCCUCUCCGGGUGCAGCGGAAUGCAGUCUCGGUGGCGGAGUCGUGGGUGAGUGAGUGAAAGAGGAUGCUGCCCACACGUGAAGCCUCCAGAGGAUCCUGGCCUGGCAGCUGAGCUCCUCCGGGACCUGGGACCUCAGGUGUAACUCGGUGUCAAGUGCAUGAAAGGUGCUUGGGUUUUGCCAGCUGUUUUCAGCAAUGCUUGCUUACCACACUGGCUCGGGUUUCAGAAUCUAAGGCGAGCAGGUAGAAAGGAGCUGCAGAGGUAGAAAGAAGCCUCCAGAAGCCUCCAGAAUCCAUUGACAGGAACACAGAGGCUGUGAUACAACUGGGCUUUGGACCAUCUUAAAGAACACAGCAGCUUGGCAAACAGCUCUUGCAUUUCAGCCAGAAAGAACCUUUUGUAACAAAGUAUUUAAAGGGGAGAGUUUCUGCAUCUUUUACUUUGAGGGCCAUUAUGGCAGAAAACUUUGCAGUUCCCAUAGAUAAUGAUGCUGGUUUUUCUUUCCAAGAUGCAAGAUUUUAAAGAAGUAUGAGCCAUUCUAAGCUUCAAGCAGGGUUCAGGAAGCACAGACAUUGGGCAACAUCCCUCCCGAUGCAGGUUAAGAAAGCAGCCUGAGCCUCCACUUUAGGCAGCACAGUGAGCGUGGACAUAUGCCAUUCCUGUCUCCAGGGAGCUGGUGGCAGUGACCGCACCCAGAGAAAAAGCAUCCCUCCGCUGUGGGACUUGACAGAAUGAGGUGUGCCGGGGAGGCCACUAGCUGGGACCUGGCCUUUCCUGACUGCCCCUUCGUCACACGGGCAGCCCCAGACCACUGAGCCAACAAUGGCCGAGAAGGGCGACUGCAUUGCCAGUGUCUACGGUUAUGACCUCGGUGGGCGCUUCGUGGACUUCCAGCCCCUGGGCUUUGGUGUCAACGGGCUGGUGCUGUCGGCUGUGGACAGCCAGGCUUGCCGCAAGGUGGCCGUGAAGAAGAUCGCUCUAAGUGACGCCCGCAGCAUGAAGCACGCGCUCCGGGAGAUCAAGAUCAUCCGUCGCCUGGACCACGACAACAUCGUCAAGGUGUACGAGGUGCUGGGGCCCAAGGGCACCGACCUGCAGGGCGAGCUGUUCAAGUUCAGUGUGGCUUACAUCGUCCAGGAGUACAUGGAGACCGACCUGGCACGCCUGCUGGAGCAGGGCACGCUCACCGAGGAGCACGCCAAGCUCUUCAUGUACCAGCUGCUCCGCGGGCUCAAAUACAUCCACUCCGCCAACGUGCUGCACAGGGACCUGAAGCCCGCCAACAUCUUCAUCAGCACGGAGGACCUCGUGCUCAAGAUCGGGGAUUUUGGGCUGGCAAGGAUCGUUGAUCAGCAUUACUCGCAUAAGGGUUACCUGUCAGAAGGGUUGGUGACAAAGUGGUACCGCUCUCCACGACUGCUCCUGUCGCCCAACAACUACACCAAAGCCAUCGACAUGUGGGCCGCCGGCUGCAUCCUGGCCGAGAUGCUCACGGGGAAAAUGCUCUUUGCUGGGGCUCACGAGCUGGAGCAGAUGCAGCUCAUCCUGGAGACCAUCCCUGUGAUCCGGGAGGAGGACAAGGACGAGCUGCUCAGGGUGAUGCCCUCCUUCGUCAGCAGCACCUGGGAGGUGAAGCGGCCGCUGCGCAAGCUGCUCCCCGAGGUGGACAGUGAAGCCAUAGACUUUCUGGAGAAGAUCCUGACCUUUAACCCCAUGGAUCGCCUAACAGCUGAGAUGGGGCUGCAGCACCCCUACAUGAGCCCGUACUCGUGCCCUGAGGACGAGCCCACCUCGCAACACCCCUUCCGCAUCGAGGAUGAGAUUGACGACAUCGUGCUGAUGGCCGCCAGCCAGAGCCAGCUUUCCACCUGGGACAGGUACCCUGUGAGCCUGUCCUCGGACCUGGAGUGGAGGCCGGACCGGUGCCAGGACGCGAGCGAGGUGCAGCGCGACCCGCGCGCGGGCUCGGCGCCGCUGGCGGAGGACGUGCAGGUGGACCCGCGCAAGGACUCGCAGAGCAGCUCGGGGCGCUUCCUGGAGCAGUCGCACUCGUCCAUGGAGCGCGCCUUCGAGGCCGACUACGGGCGCUCGUGCGACUACAAGGUGGGCUCGCCGUCCUACCUGGACAAGCUGCUGUGGCGCGACAACAAGUCGCACCACUACUCCGAGCCCAAGCUCAUCCUGGACCUGUCGCACUGGAAGCAGGCGGCCGGGCCGCCCCCCACGGCCGCGGUGGGGGCGGACGCGGUGGCGCGCGAGGACGAGCCGGCCAGCCUCUUCCUGGAGAUCGCGCAGUGGGUCAAGAGCACGCAGGGCGGCCCCGAGCGCGCCAGCCCGCCCCCCGACGGGCCCGAGUCCCGCUUGUCCGCCUCUCCCCGCGGCCGCCCGGCCCCGGUCGACGGGGGCGCCAGCCCCCAGUUCGACCUGGACAUGUUCAUCUCCCGCGCGCUGAAGCUCUGCACCAAGCCCGAGGACCUGCCGGACAAUAAACUGGGCGACCUCAAUGGCGCGUGCAUCUCUGAGCACCCCGGCGACCUCGUGCAGACAGAGGCCUUCUCCAAAGAAAGGUGGUGAGGGCGGAGGGGGUGCUCCAGGCUCACACACCCCCCCUGCGGCCCAGCAGGAGCCCCCACCCCCACCCCCACAAAGCUGGGCCUGACUGGAGGAGGCCACCGCCCUGGCACCUCCACCACCCUCUCCGCCCCUCUCUGCUGCCUUGGUGUGAGCAGAACACGCGAAGGAUCCGAGGAGCGAGAGGAAUGUCCAUUUCUUAAACUGCCUUAAUAACUAGCCUUUAACCUCUGGGAGCAGGUUGGGACGGGAGCCUGGCUUGGGGGUUGAUCACUUUCCCAGCAAAGCGGGAGGGCCGCAUUCUGUAAGUGGCGGUGUGCAGGGAAGAAACAGCCUGAGACAGCAGCCGUGCAGGCCCCACCUGGCUGGCGGGAUGCGGAGGAAUCUUGCAGGCAUAAUUCUGCAACCCUCUGGCCCAGCCAGCCGCAACUGACAGCUGAGGAAGGACAGUUAGGCCCAGAGAAGCAGAGGGACUUGCCUAAGAUCACGGCCCUCCCCAAUGUCCAGGGCCUGGAAUCCCAGUCUUCGGGCCCCCAGGCCAGAGUCUGUCCAAUAUAUAAUGUCUUCCUUUGCUGGGGUCGUUCUGGCAUUUUGGCCAGAAAACUUGGCCUAAGAUGUUUCUUCCCUGCCCACGACCAUCCGACCCUUGGGAUGUUGCUCUAUUCAGAGCAAUGUUUCUUGUAUUCUGCAAUUGGAAACGGAACCAGUUUCUUUCUCCCAGUCACCAAGCAUAUUUUUCUGGCUCUCCAAGUACAUAAAUGUUCUUAUCUGCCACACCCCUGUAUUUGCCUCACCUCUGCACGGUCUGAAAUCUUUAUUUCCGACCAGAGCAGUUUGGGGUCGGUGGGGAAAAUCAAUGCUUCUUCCAGGCCUGUGUGCACCCCUCCUCCCGCACUCCCUAUGCACUUUCCUGCCACGCAAAGACACAGCCCUCGCUCCCCGGGGACGUCCUACACGGGCGAGGUUGAAGACAGCGAUUCCAAGAACCCUUCCAACCUCCCCCUCCCAAUCCCCCACUCACCCCCACCCAGCUCCUCUCCAAGCCUACCUCGGGACCUGAUGUUCUCCACACCAUUUGCUCACUGGGAGGACAGCAGGGAGGUGCCUGCCAUAGAGCAAACGUGUUAGGAGAGAAGGUUUCACAUGGACCCAUCAUCCUUCAUUAACACUGCCCUUGAUUUUGAUCAUCCCUUUAGCCUUGGCAAAGAGCAGACCCUAAAGAAAUGCACUGGAGAACAAGUGACCUUGGGGACAAGGAAUCCAGAAAGGUAGGGAGGUGUGGAAGGAGGGGUGUCAACAUCGAGGGCUCUCAGGGGUCAGGCCCCAGCAUGGAGACCUCACGACGACAGAGGGGACCCAGAGCAGUGUAGGCCAGGAUGAGUCUGGAGCGCACAGACCCAGAGGUGCACUUGCGCAGAGUGUGGGGUAAUGGUGUGUAGACUCAGCAGGCCCUCUGCAGACGCGAGGGUUGGGGACACUGGCAGCCCCCAUUCCGGUCCCCUGGAAUGCUCUGCCAUUUCUGGCACUGGUGUUCAGCCCCUCCCCUCCCCAGCACCCACAGAGAUAGCCCCUCCCCUCCCCAGCACCCACAGGAAGUCCAGCCCGUCUGUAGGUAGAGGGUACUUCGCGGUGUUGGUCUUGGGCUGUGUUCCUCCUCACAUCACAGCACCUUAAACCUAAUCAGCAAACCACAGUUUGUACAUCAAAACCUGCAACAUGUUAGAAAUUUAUAUUUAAAAACAGAAUUAAUCACACUGACCAAUUUUUGAAUAGCAAAUAUGUAAAUAUGAAGUGUUUGAGUUUGAGGGUUUUUUUGUUUUGUUUUUUAAAGAAAAGGAAUAUACACCACUCCUCAUGUGCCAUUUUGUCCUCCGAGGGCGGCUUUGCCUUUUUGGUAAAGGAGCAAGCCGUUGACCUCAGCCAGGAGCUCAUAUAUAACUGUUAUUACAAAGGAAUUGUUAUAACUACUCAUGUUUUAAAAAGAAAUCUAUUAAACAUUAUUAAACUUGAUCAGGACAGGCCAAAUAAAGUUUUAUUGGAACAUAGAUUUGUUUAUGUCUUAUCUCUUUCAUUUAUGUAUUAUCUGAUCCUAUCUUUGACAGUGGUUGAGUCAUCAGAGGCUAGUCGUCUUCUCCCUGCACCCCUGAAGGCCAAGGUAGUUUUGGGGUAAGGGGGGAAUCUACAGAGUUUAGUAACCAGGAAGUGACCCCACAAACAUUUGGUGAUGCUGGUGACCCCACAAUCAUCUGGUGACCCCACAAUCAUCGUGUCUAUGCUGUGAAUUUCUGACCAGGGCCAGUCCUUCCCUCUGGCCACAAAAGGUGCCACCAUCAUGAGAUGGGGGGAGCUGACCACGUAAGCCACACCUCACAGAUGCCUGAGGUCUCACCCACCUGAAACUGACCGCUUGGUAAUACCUGUGUCAAAGGAUUCGCCCUCACUUCAUUAGUUAUGCAGCAAACACAGCUGACCUUUGAACGACACGGGUCUUUUAGUUAAAAGAACUGUCCAUUGUCGAAAUGCACCUGGGCCAAGAAGCCUGUGACGCUAAUUCUCCGAUUCUCUGCAAAGCGUCAGCUCAGAGGAACUGUCUCCCUGCCGAGUGGGUGCGAAUGACGACGGGAUUCCCAGAGCCAGGGCAGAGACCUGGUUGGAAUUGUAUAUCAGAAAAGGCUUGAGGCCCAAUGGCCAUUUUGUUCCUUGAGAUGUGAGUUUCGUCCCAUGAAACUGCAUUAAGAACUUCACGAAGACCACUGAAAAGCCUUCCAGAUGUUGGCACUUGAGAUCUUGGAGUUCAAGUUACUUAGUCUCCACUGACGUCUCUCUCUUGUUCUGCACGUCCUCAGCUAACCAGUAUGCGAACAUCCUGUGCCUUGGUGUCUCUUGGCAUCUGGUGGCACACAUGAGAACGACAAUGUGGCUGGGUUCCGAGGCCAAUCUGUGGUCAGGAGACCCAACACAGCCCUCCAGGGGGCUGAGCCCGUGUCUUAAGUCUCCCCGACAGGAUGUCCUCACACAAGUGUAUGGCUUAGAGCAAGACCUCGUCUUCAACAACUGCGUCAUCCUCUGUCUCCAAGAACUGCUAACAAGGACACAACAAGGAUUUACAUCUUCUCCGUUGUAAUUCACAAGCUCAACACUGUAAGAUAGAGUUUUACGUGACUGAGAAAUUCAGAAACAAGGAUGCUGUGAGCCUCUCCCGUCUCCAGCAUGAUGCCUCAUCCUGGGAUUUGGGACAGUCACUGUGGUUGCCCAUUCAAACGAUAAUUUCAUUUCAAUACUCUUUUCUCUUAUCCACUCCCUUCCUAGAGGCUGAAAAAUUUUCUUCCCCAGCCUUCCUUAAGAGUACUCCACAGCCAAGCUCAAUGAGAUAGAAAGGGCUGUUUCCUGAGAAGCUUCUCAAUACUCAAGUUAAAAGGGCUUCAUGAGAAGAAAACCUUUACUCUCAGCUUCCUGCUUUUAAAUAUGGAUGCGAUGCACAGCAACCAUCUUGAGAUCAUGAGGCAAUAAGCCAAAGACAAAAGGUGGAACAGAGGAGUGAAAAAGAGGGAUAGAAAGGGCCCAUGAUGACAGCAUUAAGCUGCUGAACCAGCCCUAGAACUCCCUACAUUCAGACUUUUGUUAAGAAAGCAAUAAACAUCCUUAUGAUUAAA